AUGGCGGUUUUAAAGUUAUUUAUAUUUUUGUCGCUCGUCGCGAUAGUUUUAGGUCAAGGGCCGAAUCCCAUAGUACGAGUCCAUCAUGGUUUGCUUCAGGGGGCAUGGAAAAAGUCUACUAAUGGUCGUACCUAUGCAAGUUUUAAGGGUAUCCCAUAUGCAAGACCGCCAGUUGGAAAAUACCGAUUCCGGGAACCUCAGGCCAUGAAGCCAUGGACAGGCACCUGGGACGCCACUCGUCCUCUCUCAGACUGUUUACAAUAUGAACCUUUCCAUAAGAAAAUUAUUGGCGAUGAAAACUGCUUAUUUUUGAACGUGCACACACCAAAAAUAAAUGUUGGCGCUCACUUACCUGUGGUAGUGUUCAUACACGGCGGAGCCUUCAUGUAUGGUGGAGGUGUGCUAUUUGGUCCUGAAAACUUCAUGGACCGGGAUGUCGUUAUUGUAACCAUUAAUUAUAGAUUGGGACCACUUGGAUUCCUAAGUACAGGAGAUGAGGUCGCGCCUGGUAACAACGGGUUAAAGGACCAGUCAUUCGCGCUAGAAUGGGUAAAAGAUAAUAUUAUGAUGUUUGGUGGCAACCCUGACAGUGUGACGCUUACUGGAUGUUCCGCGGGAGGCGCUAGUGUGCACUACCACUAUCUGUCACCCAUGUCUAGAGACAGGUUCAACCGUGGUAUAGCCUUCAGCGGAUCAGCUUUCAUGUCAUGGGCCAUCGCCAGGAACCCAGCGGAGAAGGCUAGAGCUUUAUCAUCCAUCGUUGGGUGUCCCACUCAGAACCAUAAGGAGAUGGUAGACUGUCUUCGAUACCGACCAGCAGAAGUCAUCGUCAAUGCGCAGAUUGAAAUGUUUGAUUGGAAGGUGCAUAUGUUUACCCCAUUCACCCCAACAGUCGAGCCUUCAGGGUCAAAAUCUCCAUUCUUGACUCAAUACCCGUAUCAUGCCGCUUUAUCAGGAUCAAUUAACAAUGUGCCUCUCAUUGGAUCUGUCACAUCAGAGGAAGGCUUAUAUCCGGCAGCAGCCUACCAGGAAGACCCCAGCAUCUUGCAGGAACUGGAGUCUAGAUGGGAGCAUCUUGCUAGCAAUAUCUUCGAGUACAACGAAACUUUACCCCAGAAUCUACGAGCAGAAGUAGCCGCGAAGAUCAAACAGCAAUACCUGGGAUCUAAAUCUGUCAGCCAGGAAACAUUUGACCAACUAGUUCAGGCUCUGAGUGAUCGUCUGUUUGUUGUGGACGUCGGUAAAAUGGUGGAGAUGCACGCAACCCGCACGUCCCAACCUACUUACUUAUACAAGUACGCUUACCGUGGAGAAUGGAGUCUGUCACACAUGAUGGCCCAAAACGAGAUAAACUAUGGUGUCAGUCACGCGGACGAUGUAUUACUGGUAUUCAAUUUCGGAGACAACAAAAUCUCAACGAAGCCUGAAGUUGUUAAGAUGAGGGAUGCCCUAUUGGAUAUGGUGUACACUUAUGCUGCCACAGGAACACCUAAAGUGCCUAAUGCCCCUCAAUGGAAGCAGGUGAAGCCCAACUCUCCAGAACUCAAUUACUUAGAAAUACUUGGCCCAGACAAGAUUCAGAUGAAAUCUAGCUUGGACUUCGGAAAGAGAGCUUUCUGGAACAGCCUUGGUUUAAUUGAAAAUGAAAAUUAUCAAUUAAAUCUUAAAGAUGAACUGUAA